GCUGUAGUUGCUACAUUGGAGAUUUCAGAAGACCGUCGCUCGCUGUCAAUCGCGGACCGCGUAACGGGUUUUCAGCCACAAUAAAAGUCCAUGUCGCAUAAAGAUCGCCCUUUAGAACUCACCCCUGAAUCGGAGAUGUGUGUGUAUGCGGGUGGGUGUGCGUGUGUGCGUGCCUUAACGAGGUAACAUGACUUCAAGGUUGUCAUGUCUCCCUGUCCUCUCAACGUUCAAGGCCAUAGCGAAGUGGAUCGGAUGUUUAUCGACACCCUACAUUCCUGGUACAUUCCUGGGUAUAGGUUCGGUACUAUGUAGGUAUCCAGCCUCGAUUCAGGGUUAGAUCCCGUUAGACAGAUCGUUCCUGACCUCAGACACUCAUACCAGCAUACUACUUAACACUCCCUCACUCACACCUCAUCCGUGCAUCUUUCCUACUAUCCUUCAGACUCUCCUUCGGUGUCCGCCUCAUCCCCUCCAACCUACGACAGCUUAUAUCUACUUGUUCUAUUCAUCCCCAGCGGAAUAGUUCGUCCUAUCUUUUAAUAUUCUUCCACCAGCUUGGUUCUGCAUUCGCUUCUUACCUUCUUCCAACUCACCGGCUGAGUCUAUUUUUCAACGGCCGUCUUUAAUUAAUAUACGCCUGCUGUGUGUAUUGAGAUAAUCCAAAAUCUCCCUACCCCUUCAACCGAAGCAAGCCAAAAAAAACCACACAUAACUCCCCCUCUACCCCCUCACAGGCAAAAUGCACGCAUCUCGAUUCCAGACCAUCAGGUCGCGCCUAUCGCCGGCCGGCAUCCGCACAUCCUUCCGCCGCUCUUCUACAGCCUCUACUAGCUCUACCAGCUCUUACCGGUCAUGCAGCUCGAGCACAUCGUCGCCAGUGAGCACGAUCAACGCGGUAUUGUUCAGACAGCCAUCAAUCGUCGACUUGGAAGCGGAGAAGAAGGCCUCAGGUCCAGAGCUCAGCAUGCUCGAGCCCAGGCCCAUCGUCUACUGGGGUGGCGUUGAGGAGCGAAUGGGAUCGCUGAACUUCUAAAGUUGGUUCUCUGAUUUGGAACCGUAAAACUUUGUGUUUUAUGAAGAUAGACAUAUACAUUGUCAGGCCUACGGGGCGCUGGCAAAGCUGCACGUAAUGAUAUUGCCAAUACGAGAGAGGCACCCCCCUGGAGGAAGUAGUUUCACUGGUAGCUUAGAAGGCACGACUUUUUGUUGGGACGGGACUUAUUGAUUGAGGACGUUUCCCAUGAUGACGGGACACGACCGAACUUGAGAUACUGUUAUAGCAAUUCUUUGGAGGGGAUACGAAGGAAAGGUUUUGGGAAUAGGGUAAAUGGCGCUUACUUACGGAGGUUUAAUGCAUUACAUACCUAUUACCAAUUACAAAUGAGAUUGUAGAUUGUGAAGAUUACGAAAUCAAAGGUGAAGAUGAAUGUGAAAAAGUAUAAGAACAAAUGAGAUAA